CGACACCAAUCCAUUUCGUUCUUGAAUUCAUUUCAAUGAAAAAUCGAAUCUCCUCUUCUUCUCCUUUUCUUUUCUCCUGGGCUCUUUCAAUUUCUAAGAAUUCAUUUCGUAAUUUAUAAAUAAAAUAUAAAAUAAAAAUCGCAACUAUCUUUCUUUUAUCAGAGACAAAAAUCCUCCCUCAGUAGGAUAACGAAAUCGAAGAACGGCGAUGGAAGGAGGAGGAGGGACACUAUCGGAAAUAUACCAGAGUGCGAAGAAGUUGCUAAUGAGAGCACAAGAUGGGAUCGAGAGACUGGAGCGACUGGAGAACUCGACUUCUAGUGGAGGAUUAGAUUCACCUGAGCUAUCUUUCGUUGUCAAGAAGGAUAUCUCUCAGGUUCUUUCUCUUUGUGCCGAUAUGGAUCGUCUCUGGCGCUCUGUUCAAGCCAAACCUCAACGCGAUCUCUGGAGAAGAAAGGUGGAGCUAGUAGCUGAAGAGGCUGGGUCAUUGAAAGAGAGUUUGGAUAGGUAUUUUGCAAGGAAUCAAAGACGGAUGAAGGAAGCUCAGGAGAGAGCAGAGUUGCUUGGAAGAGCUAAUGGUGAUUCAGCUCAUGUUUUGAGAAUAUUCGAUGAAGAAGCACAAGCAAUGCAGUCAGUUCAUAAUUCAAAAAGAAUGCUGGCAGAUUCAAUAUCAACUGGAGCAGCCAUUCUUUCCAAAUAUUCAGAACAAAGGGAACGCUUAAAGAGGGCACAACGCAAGGCAUUGGAUGUGCUUAAUACAGUGGGGCUCUCCAAUGCUGUACUGAGGCUGAUCGAGAGGCGCAACCGUUUCGAUAGAUGGAUCAAAUAUUUUGGAAUGCUUAUUACCCUUGUCAUCUUGUAUUUUCUCGUUAGGUCAAGUGGUUGAAGAGCGCUUGUUUUUUCAUCUUCAUAGAUGGCUGUUCGGUUCGAAGCUAAGGAAUUUGUACUUGAAAAAUACAUAAUCUUAUAGGAUGGAUUGGGAAGAAAGGCUAUUGGCUCUCCUUUUGAAAUGUUCAAUUUCUGAAUAAUUAUUUUUUUUUAA